AUGAGAACUAAUGAGUUUGACUCUUCAUCUGAAGAUGAGGCGGUGGGUGAGGAGCUGCUGACUCCCUUCCAGAUUUCCUGGUUGCCUCUGUCCAUUGUCGAGUGCUCACAGUACCUUGGAAUAUGUGCGUUACCAGGCUGUAAAUACAAAGAGAUCCGCAGAUGUUUGCAGAGAGAUGUUGAUGAGCUCCAGAACCAAGGGGUGCAGGACGUGUUUGUUUUCUGCACCCGAGGAGAGUUGAAAAAGUACCGAGUCCCCUCCCUGCUGGAGGUCUACCGGCAGCGGGGCCUCACCGUCCACCACACGCCCUUCCCCGACGGAGAGGCCCCGGAGCUGCAGCAGUGCUGGCGGAUCCUGGAUGAGCUGCAGCUCAGCCUGCAGAGCAGCAGGAGGACCGUAAUCCACUGCUAUGGAGGCCUGGGACGAUCCGCUUUGAUCGCUGCCUGUUUGCUGCUUCAGCUCUCAUUAACAAUGACGGCUAACAAGGCCAUCGAGAUCCUCAGGGAGCACCGAGGAGGAGGAGCAAUACAGACGCUGAAGCAAUACAACUUUGUUCACGAGUUUCGGGACAGAUACGCCACCUACAAAGAGAGCAGAGAAGUUUCAAAAGAGCGCUCAGUGUCUCGGUGA